AUGUCGGACAGCCCCGGCGGGGCCGCGGGGGCCCCGCCCGCGCCUCAGAGGAACUGCUCGGAUUCGCUGGUGUGCGAGCGUCUGGGCCUGGCCUCGGACCGCGACCCGAAGGCGGCCGAGCACCGCUUCAUCCGCCGCAGCGUGGUGAGCGACUCCAACGCCACCGCCCUGGACCUGCCCCGCCACGCCCCGCCGCUCGGCCCCAACCCCCCCGCCCCCCCCCGGAGCGAGCCGGAGGAGGGCCGCGAGCGGGGCGUCUCCCUCCCGCCCGGGGCGGGGGCGGGGGCGGGGCCCGCUGCGGAGGCGGAGUCGGCCGGGGGGGCGGAGUCGGCCGGGGGGGCGGAGAAGCCGGGGGAGGAGGGAGAGAGGGAGACGGCCAAGGCCCGGGCGGAGAAGAAGGUUCUGGAAGACAUCGAGGAGGCGGAGACCAAGGCCGUGGGCACCUCCCCCGAUGGGCGGUUCCUCAAGUUCGACAUUGAGAUCGGGCGGGGCGCUUUCAAGACCGUCUACAAGGGUCUGGACACGGACACCACCGUGGAAGUGGCGUGGUGUGAACUUCAGGACCGCAAGCUGACCCGGUCGGAGAGGCAGCGCUUCAAAGAGGAGGCGGGCAUGCUGAAGGGCCUGCAGCACCCCAACAUCGUGCGCUUCUACGACUCCUGGGAGGGCCCGUCCCGGGGCCGCAAGUGCAUCGUCCUGGUGACGGAGCUGAUGACGUCCGGGACCCUCAAAACCUACCUGAAGCGCUUCAAGGUGAUGAAGAUCAAAGUACUGCGCAGCUGGUGCCGGCAGAUCCUGAAGGGGCUGCACUUCCUGCACACGCGCGCCCCGCCCAUCAUCCACCGCGACCUCAAGUGCGACAACAUCUUCAUCACCGGGCCCACCGGCUCCGUCAAGAUCGGUGACCUGGGGCUGGCCACGCUCAAGAGCACCUCCUUCGCCAAGAGUGUUAUCGGGACCCCCGAGUUCAUGGCCCCGGAGAUGUACGAGGAGAAGUACGACGAGGCGGUGGACGUGUACGCCUUCGGGAUGUGCAUGCUGGAGAUGGCCACCUCGGAGUACCCGUACUCAGAGUGCCAGAACGCCGCGCAGAUCUACCGCCGGGUUACCAGCGGAGUGAAGCCCGCCAGCUUCGACAAGGUGGCCAUUCCCGAGGUGAAGGAAAUUAUCGAGGGCUGCAUCCGUCAGAACAAAGAGGAGAGGUACGCCAUAAAGGACCUGCUGAGCCAUGCGUUCUUCCAGGAGGAGACGGGCGUGCGGGUGGAGCUGGCGGAGGAGGACGACGGCGAGAUGGUGGAGAUCAAGCUGUGGCUGCGCAUGGAGGACGUGCGGCGGCUGAAGGGGAAGUACAAGGACAGCGAGGCCAUCGAGUUCUCCUUCCACCUGCGGAGGGACGUCCCCGAGGACGUGGCCCAGGAGAUGGUGGAGUCUGGGUACGUGUGCGAAGGGGACCACAAGACCGUGGCCAAGGCCAUAAAGGACCGCGUUUCCCUCAUCCGCCACAAGAGGGAGCAGCGACAGCAGGUCCGCCUGGACCUGGAGAAGAGGAGGCAGGAGGAGGGUCAGCCGGAGGCGUCGCUCCCGGGCCAGACGGCCCCCGGGGGCCCCGAGGCGGAUCGGCAGGGGCCCGUGUCUCUGAGCUCACAUGGCAUGGCGGACAGUGGGCUGGGGAUGUCCGCAUUGUCAGAGACCCCCCACCAGGCCCUGCCUUCCAGCCAUAGCGGUCAUUCACCUAACACCUCCCAGCACAGCCAAGCUCCGCCCACUCAGCACAGCCAGGCCCCGCCCACUCAGCACAGCCAGGCCCCGCCCACUCAGCACAACCAGGCCCCGCCCACUCAGCACAGCCAGGCCCCGCCCACUCAGCACAACCAGGCCCCGCCCACUCAGCACAACCAGGCCCCGCCCACUCAGCACAGCCAGGCCACGCCCACCCAGCACAACCAGGCCCCGCCCACUCAGCACAGCCAAGCCCCGCCCACCCAGCACAACCAGGCCCCGCCCACCCAGCAGGUCCAGGCCCCGCCUACUCAGCAGGUUCAGGCCUGCUCCAGUGUCCCUCAGGCUGUGGAGUCCACACCGUCCUCUGACAGUGUGACCCAGCGCUCUGAGGCGGCGGCGUGUUUGAGUGACGGGACCGAGGGGGCGUCGGCUCCCGUGCGCAGGGCCCGCACACGCUCAGUGCGCAGUCGCUCCGUGUUCGAGAACAAGACCAACAAGGCCAAGCUCAACGUCCUGCACAUCUCCCACCUGGGCGACCGAGUGGCUGAAUGCCAGCUGGAGACACACAACUGGAAAAUGGUGACGUUUAAGUUCGAUCUGGAUGGUGAUAACCCCGAAGAAAUAGCGCAGAUCAUGGUGGAGAGCGCCUUCAUCCUGGAGAGCGAGCGGGAGUCGUUCGUGGAGCAGGUGCGCGAGGUCAUCCAGACCGCCGACGAGAAGGGGCUGAGGAGGGAGGGCUCGGCGGACGGCUGUGGUCAGGCGGGGAGCUGCAGCGCACAGGACAUGCCCGCGACCCCUGACCCUCGCCAGACAGGUGUGCCCACCCAGGUGGUGCACUCUGCGGGCCGCAGGUUCAUCGUCAGUCCGGUGCCAGAAUCUCGGCUUCGGGACCCCUGCCACGGCCGACCCGCAACUGCCGCAGCAGCCCCAGUGACGUCGUUGCUCCUGUCGGACUCUGCCAUCUCCGGCAAUCCGCAGCGGAAUGAGGAGGCGGAGCCUGGCACCACACCCCGUGGGGGUGCGGUCUCCCCCCCUCCCUUACCGCAAGCCCAGGAGGAGCACCCUCCUCCCGCCUCUCUCCCACUCCCAGAAUCCUCCACUCCAUCUUCUACUGCGGUGGAGGGAGGCACUCCUGCAGCCGAGCCGUCCUCUGCCCCGCCCGAAGCCCCGCCCUUACUUCCUGACGGGCCGGCAGGUUCGGCCGCGCCCUGCGGAGCUGCAGCCUCGUCUGUGACUCCGCCCCCCGGCUCAGACUCCGCCCAGCCCCCGCCGUCCGCAGCCAACGCGGGCGCCCCGGCGGUGCCGCAGGGCGGGGAGGGGGAGGGGGAGCAGGCGGGCCGGCCGGGAGGGAGGGAUGACAUCCAGGCCCUGGAGAAGAAACUCCGCUCCCUCUUCAGUGAUUCGGCCCCGGCCCCGUCCGACACGUCCGCCUCCACCCCCUCCAACCGCACCCCCCCGCACCCCACCACCCUGUCCCUGAGCUCGUCGAGCGCCACCCCCGCCUCCACCCCCGAACAGGCCACGCCCACCGGCCAACCCCCGCCCAUCGCCGCCCAAGUCCCGGUGUCUGUGACAACAGUGGCCCCUGGUGGACAGACAGGACCUCCUCUGGCUGCAGAGGGAGAAUUGGGGGUGCCCCCUACAGGCGGAGUCAAACUUGGACGGUUUCAGGUCUCUGUGGCAACAGAAGAGCCCCAAAACCACACCCACCCCACCUCUGCAGACUCCGCCUCUUCGGCCCCAGACUCCUCCCUCUGCAGCGACUCUUCCUCCUCCCGCACGCCCUCCUCCUCCUCCUCCUCCUCCAUCUCCAGCCCCGAGAACACGCUACACGCCUCGUCAGCCCCGCCCAGGCCCCCGCCCCGUGGCGACACGUGCGUCAAAACCCCGCCGCCGCCCCAGCCCGUCGCCAACGGCGACGCCCGGGUCGGGCGCUUCUCCGUCAGCAGGGCGCAGGACUCCGCCCCCCUUCCCGUGCCGGGCCGCCCCGCCCGCCACGCCAGCAGCGACUGUGACUCCGAGUGUGAGGACGAGGACUUCCGAAGACAGGUGGACCACCUCUGGGAGAAACACCUGCGGGAGAUCCAGGUCUUGCACACUCGGCAGAAGGAGGAGAUUGAAGCCCUAUUCGUCCGUCUGGGCAAGACCCCGCCCUCUCUGGCCUCCUCUCCAAUGGGGUACUUGUCCAGCCACAGGAGGAGGCCACCAAAGAGCAAGAGCGGCAAGCUGAACCGCAAGAGCCCCCUCCAGGCAGACCCCGUUUUAGCACAGAGCCCCUCCUCAGUGGGAGUCCUGGACCUACCCCCCUCUCCAGGGGACCUGUGUGCUCCCGUGACCAGCCUGCCAAGCCCUGGGACUGAGACCAGCUGUACCCACUCAGCCAGCGACCCGGUCCAUAACAGCCAGAACCAGAACCAGAACCGGUCCUGCACAGGGACCUUCACUGACGACCUGCAUCAGCUGGUGGACAACUGGGCCCGAGACGCCAUCAGCCAAUCGCAGAGCAGGAGGGGCUCCCGCCAGCCCUUGCAGCCCAAUGUCUCCACUUUGUCCAGUGGGGGGCGCACGUUCUCGGCUCCAGGGCAGCUGUCCUCCGGCCUGGGACCCUCCCAGAGUGGCCCCUCCUCUUCAUUUGGGGCCCGCAAGGGAUCCCUCGGGCCCCAGCUGCAGUUUGGGUACCACCCCGCCCCCUACGCCGCCCAGUGGACAGGACACGCCCAGCCGGGCAUCCUGGCCCCGCCCACAAUCACAGGACACGCCCAGCCGGGCCUCCUGGCCCCGCCCACAAACACAGGACACGUCCAACCGGGCCUCUUGGCCCCGCCCACAAACACAGGACACGCCCAGCCGGGCCUCCUGGCCCCACCCACAAACACAGGACACGCCCAGCCGGGCCUCCUGGCCCCGCCCACAAACACAGGACACGUCCAACCAGGCACGCUGUCCCCGCCCUCAAACCCCGCCCCCCUGCUGGGCCUCAGCCUCAAGCCCCCCGGCAACCAGGGACCCGCCCCCCGGCCCACGUAGCAACCGGCCCCGCCCCUCCCUACUGCCACAUAGCACAGGCCCUGUGUAUGCAGGCUUUACCAACCACACAGACAAUAUCCUCAAUAAAUCAUAUUUAUGCGUAAAAAAUAUUAUCUUUUCUAGUUCUGAGAGCAGUUGUGAAGAGCCUGAAUGCAGAAUGUAUUCUGUUCAGAAGUAUAACAUCAGUUUAUGAUGUUGAAAUGCUGAUUAUUCAUAUUAAUGUUGACAUGAUAUAAUUGUAUCAUGUAACUUCAUUAAUGGAACUUCUAUUAUACUUAGAUAAUUGUCAUUUCUUAGGCAAGCGCUAUUUCUUUAUUUCCAGAUGAAUACAGUUCUGUUAUCUUCUGUAUACUGUUUUUUGUUUAUUCUGUAUACAGAAUUUUUUUUGUUUUAACCUUAACGUGUUUUUCAUCUGAGAAAUUAUUCAUCAAAACCAACUCGUGCUUGUUGAUAUCGAGUUAUCUUCCAUUUGUAAAUGAAGCCAAUUUACAAGUCCAGACUGGGGUCUUUGAAGGAGAUCUGGAUGUUCUGAGUUAAAUUUAAAUAUAUAUGUUUAUAUUUUAAAUAUUGAACAAAUCCAUAUUAAUAAAUGACGUUUUAGCCGUUCAGAUGUAAUAAAUAUUUUCUGGGUUACACACA